AUGGUGAAGUUCAAGAGUCGUUAUAUCCUCUUGGAGAUAGAAAAUUUUUCUGAAAAUAAGUUAUCCUUGACUCGUGCGGCCUUGUUCACAAGUAUAGCGGAAACUGUUGGUGAUUUUCAUGGGGAUCGAGGAUUCGCAUGCGUUCGAGCUGGACUUGUGGUAAAAGUCAUCGAUGGAGACAUAGCAUUGGUUCGAGUAGAGUCAUCAAGCGAGAAGUUUAUAACCAGCGUCAUACCAUUCAUUACCAACAUAAAUGGAACAGAACUCAUUCUUCGAACCCUCUUUAUUGGUCGGAGCAUCAGAGCAUGUGAAAAGUUCCUUAUCAAAUAUCGACGAAAGGAGCUUUAUGGUCUUUUGAGAACAGCUGAGACGGGAGUUGAGAAAAAUGCAUUACUCAAGGCCGUGAAUUCCGUCACCGGAAAAUUGGAAUGA